GAUGUGGGCGGUCAGGACAAGAUCCGCCCCCUCUGGAGGCACUACUUCCAGAACACACAGGUAUGACACACACCUGUGACAUCAGUGAUGUCAUCAUAGCAUAUCUUUGAUAUCUUAAUUCAACUAUACAAAUAGUGCUAGAAUCAAUAGGUGUCAGAAUGGUCCCUGUCAAAAGGACUCUUGUUUAUCUAAAAAGCUAGGUUAAUAUGUAGAGUAGACAAAAUACAUAACAACAGUAGCCUGACCUUUGAACCUUGAUUUCACAGGGCCUUAUCUUCGUAGUGGACAGCAACGACAGAGAGAGAGUAGCGGAGUCGGCAGAGGAGCUGUCUAAAAUGGUAAGUGUUGCAUACAUGUCUAAUUAUAAGCUACUGUUGUUUUUGGUCAAGGGACAGUACGCUUUUUGUGUUGGCAUUUACAGUAUUUCUGUGAAAAGGAACCUAAAACUGAGUUCAUGGUUGACAUGGGCAAAUAAACAGUAAUUCAAUAGUAAAUAAUGGUGUUAUUUAUAUAGUUGCCAUUGUGACUGUGAUCAUUCAUCAUCUGUAUUGACACACACAGCCUUCUGUGGCCUAUGGUUUCCGAUUGACAAUGGCCGCUUGCAUAAAUGUUUUCCCUCCCCUUAUUCUCCCUACCAAUUUCUCUCAUUUAUUUAUCUCUCUCUUUACAGCUCCAGGAGGAUGAGUUGAGGGAGGCAGUGUUGCUGGUGUUUGCGAACAAACAGGACCUGCCCAACGCUAUGGCAGUGAGCGACCUCACAGACAAACUGGGCCUGCAGAGCUUGCGCAGCAGAGUUGUGAGUAUCUCUCUCUCUUCCUCACACACACACUUGAACAGUCCUUCCAAAGAGUUGUACAGUAAAAUGUAUUUCUGACCAGAUAAACAUGUGGUCCAUGUAAUAUACACUGUGGCUAUGUAGUUAUUCACAAGUAUGACAUUACUGGCUUUUAAUUUACUGCAACUCAUGUCGCUCUCCUUCCAGUGGCAUGUCCAGGCUACCUGUGCUACCCAGGGCACUGGGCUAUACGAAGGACUGGACUGGCUAUCCAACGAGCUGUCGAAACGCUAAAGAAUGGAGAAAUCGCAGGACCGGAGCAAACGAAAGAUCUGAACACACGAGCGAGAGUAGGAGAAGGGGCGCAGGCUGAGCAUUUCAUCAAUGGGAAAAAAAACUGCAACUUUUUAAAUUAUCAGUGUGUUUGUCUGGUAGAACUUGCAGUUAUGGACUUUGCGAUCAGUUCCUGUUCUGAAACCUUUUUUCAUCAUUCUUCCCUUUUAUUCCCAUUAUUGUCAUACCUGCAGAUGUUUCUUAAGACUGUUUAUAUCUUUAUGUCACCCAACUUCCUCAACAGUAAAAUUGUUUUGAGUUGCAUGUUUAAAAAAAACAUAACAAAUAGAUUCACAUGACAGCUGAUGUUGAUCGUUGUGGAAUGGAACGGUGGGCCAAUAGGUUUUGUUGGGUGGGCAUUUGGAUACCGGGAGUUUGUUGGACACAGUGUAUGGUAUGGGGGUUUGGGUUCAAAACCCCUCUGGCCUCCCCGAGUCAUUCCAGAGAGCUGAACCUGAAGGCCAGUUCCAUUCCUAAACAAUGUGAAGAGUGCAGGACCUUCAGUCAUUUCAAUGGCCAUUAUGAUGCAAUAAAAUAUUAUUUUUCUUUUCUCAACUCUUAAAACA